AUGAACCAAAAGAGCGAGAGCUGUAGCGGAUCCUGGAAGGGUGUCUGCGAGACGUGCAGCCGAAAGCAAGAGUUGGCUGGAUCCGGGUCGGAAGAUGCAAAUGUGGUUGAUGGAAAGCAAGCUAUUGAAAGAAAGGCUGAUGACGAACCGAAACACGAGAAGCAGAGACUGCGAAGUGAAGGAGAAUCACAAGGACUGCUGGACGGAGGCGAAGAGCCGAUGGGGAAGAGAGAAGGGAUACAAGUCUUUCAGACCUUCCUUCGCUACUCUCGGAUACCAUCCGAAGAUCGUCCUGACUUCCGACAACCUUCUCCGCAUCCCUCACGACUCCUCCUGUCUUAUCAUCAAUACCGCAACGAGCCAGUGCAUUCCAUCAACGCAAGCCAUCAUCGGGUAUUCCGCGCUGGCAUCCCUCACGCCAAACUCCACCAGCACCGAUCAGCCAUGAUCCCUUCGCAAAGGUAUGCGGCCGGCAGCGCUGCUCGCUGGAAGUCGUCGGCCUCCAACGCUGCCACCAUGACAUCACGGCGUCUCGCGUCGUCGUCCACCCCGUCCUCGACUGCCAUUGCGCGUACGUUGUCAGCGCCUCGGCUUGCUUCUGCAAGGAUACCCUUUUCUGUCGAUGCAGCAUCGACACCAUCGAUCGGUGCACGCUCCCUAUUCACCUCCACGCCUCAGUUCUUGCCUAGGGUGAAGAAGCUCGAAAAGAUGCUUAGAGACGGCGAGGAGAACGAGGACGACACGCACGAUGUCGAAAAGCAGCACGAAAGGCGAAGGGAGCCUGCCGAAUCCGAGAACAAGGCCGAGUCCUCUGGCUCCUCUUCUUCCGGUAGGUCGGCCACCGGCGGUGCCUCGACUUCAGGUGCUGGCUCUAGCUCUGGCUCCGGUGCAAGCGGCUCUGGCUCUGGAUCUGGCUCUGGCUCUGGCUCGGGGUCAGGGAACAACUCGGUCGCUCGCUCUACAGUCCCCUCCGUAUACCCCCAAGUCCUCGCUCUUCCCAUCACCCGACGUCCGCUCUUCCCCGGCUUCUACAAAGCAGUCGUCAUCAAGAAUCAGGCUGUAUGCGCAGCCAUCAAAGAGUCUCUCAAGCGUGGCCAGCCGUACAUCGGCGCCUUCCUGCUCAAAGAUGAGGAGGAGGACGCAGACGUCAUCACCGACCUCAGCAAAGUGCACAAGGUCGGUGUCUUUGCCCAGGUCACCAGCGUGUUCCCCGUUCAAGGCGGCGGUCAGACAGGAUCCAAGAAAGGCAAGGACGGCGAGGAAAAGUCGGACGACGAGGAGGGUAUCACCGCCGUCCUCUACCCGCAUCGACGUAUCCGCAUCGACGAACUCAUUACACCUACAGGCCAAACCAUCCCUUCGCCUCCGCCAGGCACCGAGGGAGCUGGCCCCGCCAAUCCCAUUAGCGACGAGGCCGCCAAUGAAGCUGUCAAGGCCGCUUCCAUGGCCAAGGUCCACGACAUCCAGCAAGAGGCGCGAGACGACGGCAUCUUGCCCGAGGUCAACGAUGCUUCUGCAGCGCAUCUCCAGCAAAACUCGCCUCCAUCAGCUCCCGCAGCCGUCGAAGGACAAAGCGAAGGUGAAAGCGACGUCACACCCGUCGAUGACAAGGACAUGCCCUCCCAUUCUGCACCCUUCCAGACCUCGUUCCUCCAGGACUACGCCGUCUCGCUCGUCAACGUCACCAACCUCGCCGCUGCUCCGUAUGACAAGCGCAACGACCAGUACAUUCGGGCCGUCAUGUCCGAGCUCAUCAGCGUCUUCAAGGACAUCGCCCAGCUCAACCCUCUCUUCCGCGACCAGAUCGCCAAUUUCUCCAUCUCGCAGGGCGCAGGCAACGUGUUCGAGGAGCCCGAAAAGCUCGCCGACUUUGCUGCUGCCGUCUCCACCGGCGAGGUGGGCGAGCUGCAGGCCGUUCUCGAAGCACUCGACAUCCGCGAACGCCUCCAAAAGGCGCUUGUGGUACUCAAGAAGGAGCUCAUGAACGCACAGCUGCAGAGCAAGAUCAGCAAGGACGUCGAGUCCAAGAUCCAGAAGCGACAGCGCGAGUACUACCUCAUGGAGCAGCUCAAGGGCAUCAAGAAGGAGCUCGGCAUCGAGAGCGACGGCAAGGACAAGAUGGUCGAAAAAUUCCGCGAGAAGGCCGCUCAGCUCAACAUGCCCGAAGCCGUUCGCAAGGUGUUUGACGAAGAGCUCAACAAGCUGCAGACGCUAGAGCCUGCCGCAAGCGAGUUCAAUGUCACCCGUGGAUACCUCGACUGGCUCACCAGCAUCCCAUGGGGCGUCCACUCGCCCGAGAACUAUUCCAUCUCCAACGCCACGGGCGUUCUCGACGAAGACCACUACGGGUUGUCCGACGUCAAGGACCGUAUCCUUGAAUUCCUUGCGGUCGGCAAGCUCAAGGGCACCGUGGAAGGCAAGAUCAUCUGCCUCGUCGGACCGCCCGGUGUCGGAAAGACGUCGAUCGGCAAGUCGAUCGCACGCGCUGUCGAGCGUCAAUUCUUCCGCUUCAGUGUCGGAGGUCUCAGCGACGUAGCCGAGAUCAAGGGCCACCGAAGGACCUACGUAGGUGCUAUGCCAGGCAAGGCCAUCCAGGCGCUCAAGAAGGUCGGCACCGAGAAUCCGCUUAUCCUCAUCGACGAGGUCGACAAGAUCGGACGAGGCCACAACGGCGAUCCCUCGUCGGCUCUGCUCGAGAUGCUCGACCCGGAGCAGAACGGCUCGUUCCUGGACCACUACAUGGACGUCCCCGUCGACCUCUCGCGCGUGCUGUUCGUUUGCACUGCCAACACGCUCGAGACGAUCCCGCAGCCGCUGUUGGACCGUAUGGAGGUGAUGGAGGUCUCUUCGUACACGGCCGACGAGAAGCGACACAUUGCGCGCGGCUAUCUGGCGCCGCAGGCCAAGGAGGCUUCGGGCUUGCAGGAUGCCAACAUUGAGCUGCCGGACGAAACGAUCGAUUUCCUCAUCAAGCACCACGCGAGGGAGAGCGGUGUGCGUGGUCUGCGAAAGUUGCUCGAAAAGGUCUACCGCAAGAUCGCCUUCGACAUCGUCAAGCAGCACGGCGAGUCGGUGUUCCCCGAGCCCAAGGAGGGCGAGCUGGCGAGCGCAAAGAAGGACGCUGCGGCGCCGAGCACAGGCGCUGCCGCUGGCUCUGCGGAGAGUUCGACCCAGUCGGUGACCCCACCGCACGUCGAUGGGCAGACGGCCGAGUCCAGCGAGACGCCAUCGCCGUUCACCGAGCCGUCGGCUUCGUCAGCCGAGGCUGAUUCUGCAGCGGAUUCUGUGCCCGAGAACCAACCCAAGCAGGACGGAAAGGUGCCCGGCAAAGACGCCGCACCGGAAGCGCCCGCCAAGGUGACCACCGAGAAGCGUCAGCCCAUGGCCGUUCCCAAGGAUGUCAAGGUGGUCAUUACCACCGACAGUCUGCGCAAGUACCUCGGACCUCCCGUCUACCACAAGGACCGUCUCUACACCAGCGCCAUGCCCGCCGGUGUGUCGACGGGUCUGGGCUACCUGGGCAACGGUUCGGGCUCGCUCAUGCCGAUCGAGACGACGAUCAUGCCAGGCAAGGGUGGUCUUCAGUUGACAGGUAAGCUGGGUGAUGUGAUCAAGGAGUCUGCCUCCAUCGCUCUUUCGUGGAUGAAGACCAACGCGUACGAUCUGGGCAUUGUCAAGGACGCCAACGACAACCUGCUCGACAGCAAGGACGUGCACUUGCACAUGCCCGAAGGUGCCAUUGGCAAGGAAGGUCCGUCUGCUGGUGUCGCCUUCACCGUGUCGCUGACGUCGCUGUUGACGAAUCGAUCCGUAGCGCCGACGCUGGCCAUGACGGGUGAAGUGUCGCUGCGCGGAAUGGUGUUGCCCGUGGGCGGAUUGAAGGAGAAGUUGCUGGCGGCUCACCGUGCAGGUAUCACCAAGGUGAUUCUGCCGGCGCAGAACCAGCCCAACGUCGAGGCUGAUGUUCCCAAGGUGGUGUUGGAUGAUCUCGAAGUGCACUACGUGAACAACGUGUGGAGCGCGCUCAACCAUGCAUUCGGAGAAGGACCUUGGACGGCCAAGGCGAAGGAGAUGGAGGAGCUGGAGCGCCAGGAGUCGAUGAUCCAGCCUUCCCGUCCGAAAGACAAGAUCAAGGAGGAUGACGGCGCCAGUCAGGAUCAGCCAGUCAAUUAA